UCUCACCUAACCAAACUUUUUUAUAACUGGUUAGAGUAUGUUUCAUUUACUUUUGUUUACUAGAGUUUAAGGAUUUUCCUAAGUAAAAAAUACCAUAAUGAGUGCUGAAACAUCCAAUGCGAAUACCGAAGAGUACGAAGGACGUCUCCUAGAAUUGAUAAAGGAUAAACCAGAAGGAAUUUCCAAUACAAAUCUGAAACAGUGUUUGUCAGAUGUGCCCCUCUCUGAUCUGACAAUUGUCAUUAACAAAUUAUUAAAAAGCGGCACCUUAGAAUUGUUCAAGACCAAAGAUGAUCUGCUCUACAAGUUUAAAGAUCCGUCUAAAAAAACUACUGUUAAAGGCUCUGACAAUGAAGAGAAAAUUGUUUAUAAGAUUAUAGAGGAGGCUGGAAAUAAAGGUAUAUGGAUAAGGGACAUAAGGUUCAAGUCAAACCUAAACAUGACACAGCUAAAUAAAGUAUUAAAAAGCCUGGAAACUAAAAAGAUAAUAAAGGCUGUAAAAUCUGUAGCUGCAAGUAAAAAGAAAGUUUAUAUGCUAUAUGAUCUGGAACCAGACAGUUCUGUCACUGGUGGAGCUUGGUACCAAGAUCAAGAUUUUGAAAGUGAAUUCGUUGAUGUGCUUAGUCAACAGUGCCAUAGAUUUCUAGUACAAAGGAUGGAAGAUGCUGUUAGCCAAGGUGGUGGUCCUCUCAUGAUCAGAAACCGCUCUUAUGCGACAUCUUCUGAGGUCCAAAAAUUUAUCAGCGAUUUAGGGAUUAGUAAAGUGUCCCUUAGCAUUACAGAUAUGGAAAGUAUCCUUUACACUCUGGUACUAGAUAAUAAUGCUGAACGAACUGCAGCCUUGAAUGGGAAUGGCUUCCUCUAUAAAGCCACCAAUAAGUUUUUACCUAGCCCAGGACUGGUCAAAACAACUUGCGGAUUAUGUCUGGUUGCAGAUAAAUGUGCCGCAGCUGGGUCAGUAAAUCCUCGAGUUUGUACUUACCUUACUGAUUGGCUCAAUGGCAGCUAAAUAUAAGAUAUGUUUAUGUUUUUUAAUUAAAUAUUAUGAUUAAGUCUCA